AAGCAUUAGCAGUGGUUAACUGCGGUAGAUCUGCACUGGUUAUGGAAGGGACUAGUUGUCUUUCUAAGUGAUAGAUAAACUGGUAGGACAGUCUCUGUUGGGCUCUGAAAUGGGAACCCAAAGGAAUAGUCUUAUUUGAUGGUUUCAGGAUUUCUUUUUACAUCCUUUAUAUCCACCAUGGGCAAUGCAGCAAUGCGUAAGGCACAUAGAGUCGAAAAUCCUGAACAAGAUGAUAUGCUUACAAACAUUGAAUCAGGUCAAAGUGAAAGCAUGGACUCCCUGUCGGACAGCAAUACCAGUUUCCUUCGAGCAGCAAGAGCAGGAAAUAUCGACAAGGUUCUGGAGUAUUUGAAGGGUGGAGUAGACAUCAGCACUUGUAAUCAGAAUGGCCUCAAUGCUUUGCAUUUGGCAGCAAAGGAAGGACAUGUGGACCUGGUCCAGGAGCUGCUGGACAGGGGGUCUUCAGUUGAUUCUGCAACCAAGAAAGGAAAUACAGCUCUCCACAUCGCUUCACUAGCAGGACAAGGAGAGGUUGUAAAGAUCCUGGUCAAGAGGGGAGCAGACAUUAAUGCACAAUCUCAGGUAGGAACUAGCUUGACAUUUAUGCCAGCAAGGAAAAAUAAAUAAAUACAAUAAAAACCAUUAAAAUCUGUGCUCUUAUAGAAUGGAUUCACUCCCCUGUACAUGGCUUCUCAAGAAAACCAUUUAGAUGUGGUGCGCUAUCUUUUGGAGAAUGGUGGAAACCAGAGCACCGCAACAGAGGAUGGCUUCACACCUUUAGCUAUUGCACUGCAACAAGGCCAUAAUCAGGUGGUGUCCAUCCUUUUAGAGAAUGAUACAAAGGGAAAAGUACGUCUGCCUGCCUUGCACAUUGCAGCCCGAAAGGACGACACAAAAUCUGCUGCCCUGCUGCUCCAAAAUGACCACAAUGCCGAUGUACAGUCUAAGAGUGGAUUCACACCCCUGCAUAUAGCUGCUCACUAUGGAAACGUAAAUGUUGCAACACUGCUCCUCAAUCGAGGGGCUGCUGUGGACUUCACUGCAAGGAAUGGGAUCACGCCACUACACGUAGCGUCUAAGAGGGGAAACACUAAUAUGGUUCAUCUGCUGUUGGACAGAGGGGCUCAGAUUGAUGCCAAAACAAGGGAUGGCCUCACACCUUUACACUGCGCAGCAAGAAGUGGCCAUGACACAGCAGUGGAGCUCUUAUUGGAGAGAGGAGCCCCUAUGCUGGCCAGAACCAAGAACGGUUUAUCUCCACUCCACAUGGCAGCGCAGGGUGACCAUGUGGAGUGUGUCAAACACCUGCUGCAGCACAAGGCACCUGUUGAUGAUGUCACACUGGACUACCUGACAGCCCUCCAUGUUGCCGCCCACUGUGGUCACUACAGAGUUACCAAACUUCUAUUAGACAAGAGAGCCAACCCGAAUGCUCGAGCAUUGAAUGGUUUCACUCCUCUACACAUUGCCUGUAAGAAAAACAGAGUCAAAGUGAUGGAGCUCUUGAUCAAGUAUGGAGCAUUCAUUCAAGCUAUCACUGAGUCUGGUCUCACACCAAUCCACGUGGCAGCCUUCAUGGGUCACCUCAACAUUGUUCUUUUACUACUGCAGAAUGGAGCCUCCCCUGAUGUUAGCAAUAUACGUGGAGAGACUGCUUUGCACAUGGCUGCCCGUGCUGGACAGAUGGAAGUUGUUCGCUGUCUUCUGAGGAAUGGAGCCAUGGUGGAUGCAAGAGCAAGGGAGGAUCAGACUCCGCUUCACAUUGCAUCUCGUCUGGGUAAGACAGAGAUUGUCCAGCUCCUGCUACAACACAUGGCUCAUCCAGAUGCAGCAACCAUUAAUGGUUACACACCCCUUCAUAUCGCUGCACGCGAGGGACAUCUGGGAACAGCCUACGUUACUCGUUCAGUGCUGUGUCUGCUUGAGGCAAUGGGCGGUUAACCUCUACCCAUGAUUGCUCACUGGGAGUCUUUAGCUACCAAGAAAGGGUUCACACCAUUACAUGUGGCAUCAAAAUACGGUAGCCUGGAUGUGGCAAAACUACUUCUACAGCGACGGGCACCCCCUGACAUUGCUGGGAAGCAGAAUGGUCUUACUCCUCUACAUGUUGCUGCUCACUAUGAUAACCAGAAGGUGGCGCUCCUGCUUUUGGACAAAGGAGCAUCUCCCCAUGCCACAGCCAAGAAUGGAUACACUCCCCUUCAUAUAGCAGCAAAAAAGAAUCAAAUGGAAAUAGCUACAACACUCCUACAGUACGGAGCUGAGACCAACAUCCAGACCAAACAGGGUGUGAUGCCGCUCCAUCUGGCUUCCCAAGAGGGACACAGUGAGAUGGCAGCUCUGCUUCUGCAAAGAGGAGCUAAUGUCAAUGUUCCCACUAAGAGUGGACUUACAUCCUUUCAUCUUGCUGCCCAAGAAGACAAAGUAGGUGUUGGUGAGAUUUUAGUUAAGCACGGUGCCAACAUUGACCAACAAACAAAAUUGGGAUACACACCUCUUAUUGUUGCCUGUCACUACGGAAAUGCAAAGAUGGUUAAUUUUCUGUUGAAGAGUGGGGCAAGUGUCAAUGCUAAAACAAAGAAUGGUUACACACCUCUACACCAGGCUGCACAACAAGGCAACACACACAUCAUUAAUGUCUUACUCCAGCAUGGAGCCAAGCCCAAUGCCAUCACUGUGAAUGGAAACACCGCUCUUGCCAUCGCACGUCGCCUUGGUUACAUUUCUGUGGUUGACACUCUGAGGGUAGUCACAGAGGAAAUUAUCACUACAACAACGACGGUGACAGAGAAACACAAGCUAAAUGUGCCAGAGACCAUGACAGAAGUCCUUGAUGUGUCUGACGAAGAGGUUCCAAGACAGCUAGAUGAUGGGGCUAUGUCUGAUGACUCUAUUGAUUUUGAAGGUGAUGACACCAUGACAGGUGAUGGUGGAGAAUAUUUGAGAGCAGAGGAUUUGAGAGAGUUAGGAGAUGACUCUCUACCUGGACAGUACCUGGAUGGCAUGAACUACUUGCGCUUCAGUUUAGAAGGAGGCCGAUCAGACAGUCGCUUGCAAAGUUUGGACAGGUCCUAUACACCCACUCACCAAAGUUACUACCCUGCAAGACACUAUGGGAUGAUGGAGGAUAUGAUAUACAGCAACCAGGUGUCUUCACUUGCAGGAGAAAAUGAAAAGGACUCAUAUAGCUGGGAAACUGAAAACUUGGACAACAUAGCACUAUCCUCAAGUCCUGCUCAUUCCGGCCAUUGUUCUCCAUGUCAUGACCAUGACAAUAGCAGUUUCUUAGUCAGCUUCAUGGUGGAUGCCCGUGGAGGUGCCAUGCGUGGAUGCCGCCACAAUGGUCUACGGCUGAUCAUUCCACCACGGAAAUGCAGUGCCCCUACUCGAGUCACCUGUAGACUGGUGAAAAGGCACCGACUGGCCACCAUGCCCCCCAUGGUAGAGGGUGAUGGUCUAGCUAGCAGGCUGAUUGAGGUUGGACCCUCUGGAGCUCAAUUUCUUGGUAAGCUCCACCUCCCUACUGCCCCGCCCCCUCUGAAUGAGAGUGAGAGUUUGGUUAGCCGCAUUCUGCAACUGGGCCCACCAGGGACAAAAUUUCUGGGGCCGGUGAUUGUGGAGAUCCCUCACUUUGCGGCGCUAAGAGGAAAAGAGAGGGAGCUGGUGAUCUUACGCAGUGAAACGGGAGAGAGUUGGAAAGAGCAUCAUUGUGAGUACACAGAAGAAGAGCUCAACCAGAUCCUCAACGGCAUGGAUGAGGGACUGGACCCACCAGAAGAGUUGGAGAAAAAGCGAAUCUGUCGCAUUAUCACUCGGGACUUUCCACAGUAUUUUGCUGUGGUGUCACGAAUUAAGCAAGACAGUAAUCUCAUUGGUCCAGAAGGUGGUAUUCUGAGUAGCACAGUGGUCCCUCAAGUACAGGCUGUCUUCCCAGAGGGAGCUCUCACUAAACGCAUCCGUGUUGGCCUGCAGGCUCAACCAAUGAGUAUUGAUGUAGUGAGGAAGAAUUUGGGUAAUAAAGCCACAUUCAGCCCUAUAGUCACUCUGGAACCACGGAGGAGGAAAUUCCAUAAACCCAUAACCAUGACCAUCCCUGUCCCGAAGAGCUCCGCUGACCCAAUCCUUGGUGGCUUUGGAGGUGGAGAUGCUCCUACAUUACGUUUGCUAUGCAGCAUCACAGGUGGGACCACUCCUGCUCAAUGGGAAGAUAUCACUGGGACUACACCAUUAACAUUCACCAGUGACUCUGUGUCUUUCACCACAAAUGUGUCUGCCAGAUUCUGGCUCAUAGACUGCAGGCAGGUUCAGGAGUCGGUGAACUUCGCCACUCAGGUGUAUCGUGAGAUCAUCUGUGUUCCUUACAUGGCCAAAUUCGUCAUCUUUGCCAAAACACAUGACCCUAUUGAGGCUCGAUUGCGCUGUUUCUGUAUGACUGAUGAUAAAAUGGACAAAACUUUGGAGCAGCAAGAGAACUUCACAGAAGUGGCACGAAGCCGAGAUGUGGAGGUAUUAGAAGGUAAACCAAUCUAUGUAGACUGUUUUGGAAACCUGGUUCCUCUAACAAAAAGUGGCCAGCAUCAUGUCUUCAGCUUCUAUGCCUUUAAAGAGAAUCGACUGGCUCUUUUUAUCAAAAUACGAGACAACACUCAAGAGCCUUGUGGACGUUUGUCCUUCACAAAAGAGCCAAGAUCUUAUAGGACUUUGACUCAUAGUGCAAUAUGCAAUUUAAACAUCACUCUGCCAGCUUACUCUAAGGAAUCAGAUUCAGAACAAGAACCUGAUGAGGAGACAAGCGGAACACUUGAGAAAUAUGAUGAAGACACUGAAACAACUGCAACAUCAUUCCUGAAAACACAAUUGAUCCGAGACUCCCCUGCCCUUGCAAGUCCAGAUUUACUCUCUGAAGUGUCAGAGAUGAAACAAGACCUUAUCAAAAUGACUGCUAUUCUGACCACUGAUUCCUCAGAGAAAGCAGGACCCAUGCAAGGGGAUUAUUUAGAUAAGGGGGUGGAGGAGGUGUCAGCAGAGCCUUUUGAGAUAAUGGAAAAAGUCAAAGAGGAUUUGGAAAAAGUUAGUGAAAUUCUGAGAAGUGGAACAUGUGACAAGGAAGAGUCUAUAAAAACAGACAGCCGUCCAUAUAGGAUGGAUGAGGGGUGGGUUCUACUAACAGAAAGUGAAAUCGAAGAGGCAAAAAUGAUGGCUGCCUUUGAAUCUCAAGAAUCACUUCUGAAGGAAGUUCGAAUCAACAGAGGAUCACAGAGACCAAAGGGUGCUAGGGACAGGCCUGGCAUAGAAACUGUUCCCAGUGGUGAAGUUAAGGAAUACUUAUUGGAUGUUUCUGAUGCAUCUAGGCCUGAAUCCCAAGAGUCUCCAUCACAGCAAAGGUUCACUGAGGUUGUUCUGCGCAGAGGUGGUCGGAAAAUAGUCCCUACAGUGGCAAAAGACACUAAGGCCCAUACAACAGAUGUAAAAAAGCCCAUACGAAGAAAAGGGCUUCAAGGACAUACAGAUGAAACCCAGUCAUCUAGCACAAAAGAAAGUAUUGUUAGUAAAAGCACUGGGAAGUCGUCUGAAGGGGAUGCCUUUCUACCCGUCCCUGGAGACAAAAAAAAUUCUCCCGUUUCACCAGUGGUUGAGGAGACACCAAUCGGUUCCAUUAAAGAGAAAGUUAAGGCUCUUCAAAAGAAAGUAGAGGAAGAACAAAAAGGUCAGAAAAAACAAACAGGCCAAAAACCUCCAUAUAAAGCAACAGAAGCCAAAGCAUCCUCUGUUGUCAAAGAUCAGAAAACAUCAGGCCUGAAAAAACAGACUUCUUCACCCCAGAAACAGUCUCCUUCUAGGUCAACAGGGUCUGAGCCUGGGAGACUAGAAGAAACCAUGUCUGUAAGAGAACUAAUGAGAGCAUUUCAAACUGGCCAAGACCCCUCAAAAAGAAAGUCUGGGCUCUUUGAGCACAAAGGUCCUUCCAAAACAGAAGACACAACAGUGAGUAAACCAGAGGCUAUCCUAAUAAAGCCACAUGAAGUGUCUCUUGAUGUUUUAAAGCCUGAAGAUCACCAUGAAGAAAAAGAAGUAAAAAGUAGUCCACACAUAAAAAAAUCUGAAGACACUGAAGAAGAUACAAAAGCAAGUCAAAAGAGUCAUCAGUGUCCACAGGAAAAGAUUGGUAAGGCUGUGGUUUCUGGAAUAGUGUCAGCAGGUCCUUUUACUCACUCAAGCAUGACAACAACAAUUCCUCAAAAUUGGUCAGAACAGCACAGAGAUCUUUUGCCUGGCAACGGUACAGAGAACAGUGCAUUUGAUGACAGCUCUGACAGCAUUAGACAUGUAGCAUUGGUCGACUCGCCCAGUGCCAGCCUUGCUGAAGCAGAAGCCCCAUUGAGUUCUGAGGAAAGUUACAAACAUGAGGGCUUGGCUGAGACUCCAGAAACAAGCCCUGAGAGCCUCUCAUUAUCACCUAAAAAAACAGCUCAGUCUAUACUUGCAAAGACCUCAAAAUCAGUAGCAGUCACCCCUAAAGUCAAGACAAGUAAAGUAUAUGUUUCCUUUACUACUGAGAUGAAGACAACUAAUGAACAGGCAUCUGAAGCUUCAGUUCAUCAUCCAGCAUUGAGCAAAGCAGUGGAUGAACCAACAAAGAGUGAGUCUAUGUCUAUUCCUCAUGGAAAUAGGGGGGUGAACUUUGAGGGUGAACAAACUUCUAUGGAUAAGGACAUUGUUUCUGUGUCAUCCAAGCCAUCUAAAGCUCGAAAACUGACAAAAAGAACAUCUGAAACCCUAGAGUGUUUUUUGAGUGAUGAGGAAUCCUUUGAUGGUCAACCAAUACCAACCUCUGCUGAUUCCCUGGCCUCAAGGGCAGCUACACAGGAUCAUGGUGGUUUAGUGCUACCUCUUAGACACCAAGAUUCAGAGAACCUUAGUCCAGUAGCUGAUGACUCUUUUAAUAUUAGCCACAAGGACUCUUUAGAGGGUAGUCCCUUGAUGGAUGACAACUCUUCCCAUAAAACCCCAGACUCUAUUGAGCCUAGUCCAACAAAAGAAUCCCCGUGCCGUGACUCUUUAGAAAGCAGCCCCAUAGAGAUGAAAACCAACCUGGCUUUUCCACCUACAGUAGAACAACCCAGUGUGACCACAGGGCCCCUGACAUUCUCCAAAGCCCCUGAAAUGCCCCCAGACAGUUUGCGUAGUAGAAUGCUCAAAGAACAGGAGGGUAAUGCCGACGAUGACAGUUGUGAGCAGACAUCCCUGAUGACAAGUUCGGGUAAGAGUCCUUUCUCACCUGACACACCAAGUUCUGAAGAGGUAAGUUAUGAGGUCAAUCCCAAAACCCCAGACCCCAUGGUCCUGAUUGUUCCCUGUAAGCCAUCAGUAAUCCCAGAGGAGACAGUAGAAGAUGAUGAGUUGAAGUGUGGCCUGACACAGAGGAAAAUUACUCCAGAAGAAGAGAUGUUUAAAAUGGCUGCCAAAAUAAAAACAUUUGAUGAAAUGGAGCAAGAUGCAAAAGACAAAAAGGACAAUAGAAAAGAUUGUGAAUCCUUUCAGGCCUUGCUAGCUUCUGAUGCAGAAGAUGACAGCUUCAAACUGUUUGAGCUUGCAUCCAAACAUGAAACAUCCUCUGUGGAUGAUGUUGGGUUUAGUGAACUCAAACAAGCCUCAGAGAUAGGACGGUCUGUUGAACCGAUCAUUAAAGUACAACCUCCCUCUCCUUUUCCAGCAGGUAUUCAUAUGAGCCCCCAAACAUCUGACGACAUUCAACAAACCAUGGCCCACAGUGCAGCAUCUUCAGCUGAAUCAGCAAUGAGGAGACCUCAGUUUGUCUCAGAAAAGCAUACCAUAAAACCACACCUUCAAGAAUCUCAUAGUGAGAAAAUUAAGGACAAAGAUUAUGUUGAUUCAGAGUUAGUACAGCUAAACAAAACUGCAUCUAACAGCAAAAAUAUAACUGAUGAACAAAAAGAGCAAAGCUUAAAAAGAUCAAAAGGAAAUCAAGAAGUUUACAGUCACGAACAGCAGAAGGAGGCAGCUAAUUACCAAAAUGCUGACUACAAAUCACAUAGUCAGGAAGAGUCUAAUGUAACGGAUGAGAUUAAAGGGGAUUACAUGAGGAAUGCAGGGACAUCUUAUGUUGAUAUUUGUAGUGGCAGCUUAGAUAUUGAUACUAUUCCAAUAAUUAUUGGGCAAACAAAAGAAACAUUUAAACCAGAAAUAUGUAUUUAUGAUGACACAGAGGAAGAUGAUGCUGAGGAGGAACCUCCUAAGACUGAAUCUAGAGGAGUUACAGCAAAAGCAGAGACAGACGCAUGGAAUUCAAUGCGAGAAGAUGAUGAUGCAUUUGCAGCAAGACUCAAAGAGGAAGAGCAAAGGAUCUUGGGUCUGGCUGUAGAUCGGCAUUCCCAAGGGGCGACUCCAGACACAACACCAGCAAGGACACCCACUGAGGAGGGUACACCAACAAGUGAACAAAAUCCUUUCCUUUUCCAGGAAGGAAAACUUUUUGAGAUGACAAGAAGUGGUGCAAUAGACAUGACAAAAAGGAGUUACGAGGAGGAAGGGUUUGCAUUUUACCAAAUAGAGCAACCCAUUGUAGAGGGCAUAGCUGAAGAUGAAGGUAAUGAACCUGUUAGAGCAUCCAAUGAUGCUGAGAAUGAGAUUGGUUGCAACCUGUCUUUGCAAAUAAAACCAGAGGAGGAUGAAGACCUCCUUAAAGAGGCUACAGAUUUAUCUGUACAUUCUCCUGCUGGGGAUAAUCUGGCUGCAGCUACAAAGUCAGAUUUUUCAAAGUCUAAAACCUCAAUCAAAUUGGAUGACUCUGCCUCAACCAAAAUUUUAGAAAAGGACCAAACAAUGUUAGAGGUUAAAUCAGACAAAGUUAUGAGUGAGGGACAUUUAGUAUCUGAUCCUGGUUCCUCUGACACUGUCAUAGCCAAUGUCCAGACAGCAGUGUCAACAGUUAUUAGAUCAGUUCAUUCCCAACAAGACCAAGAGUCCUCAAAAGAUCAGCACUCAGUAAUAGAAAAAACCAAAACCCAUGAAAAGACAGAAUCCCAAAGUAAACCUGUCUCUAAAAGUUACACAGCAAUGUCUCUAUCAUCUACGGCUAGAAAAGAUAUGUCCACCUCCAAAGAGGAAGAGGAACCAAAAUCCCGAAUCCCUGUUAAGGCCAGCUCCCUCAGGUCUGAAUAUGUAGAACCUGCCAAGAACAAGAAGUCAAAGUUGCCCAUAAAACCUCAAUCAAGGAGAAAAUCUGAAACAGACACAAGCCCAUCCAUAACCUCCAGUUAUACAAAGUCUUCCAAAGCCAAGAGCUUCUGUGAAAGUGAUUCCACCAAGAAACCAGCCAAAAAGGACCAGAAUCGUCCAACAAGUACUGAUCUAUCCAGCACAACUAAGACACUUCCUUCAAGAUUACCAAUCAGGGGAAAGCCUGGCCAGCCAGUUCAAACUUCCACACCAGCAAAACAAAAAAAGGAUCGGCCAACUGACACAAACAAACAGUCCAUUGCAUUUUUUAAAGAGAUUAGUCAGGAAGCAGCUAAGGUAGUCGAGAGUUUGGCUCAGGCAGAGAAAGACAAACAUGAAGUUGCUGCCUUAUCUAAUGAUGAAAGCAGCACCAUUAAUGCAUCAGUAAUAGAGAGUGAACCUUUCAUUGACAUGCAAAUGCCUUUCCCUGAGGAUUCCUUGGUCAUUAGGCCCCGAUUGGACAACCCUGCUGAGACGCAGAUGGAACGAAUCCCUGCUGAUAAAGUCCGAAGUCAAGGUAUCCCCCAUCUCUUGGGGCCCAUUAUCUCUUUCUCAUCUGCCUCAGAAACCUCAAUGAUGAAAGUGCUGCUUCUCUGUGUUGUAACUAAUGCUUCAACUCUUCGUGGUGCUGCUUUGAUGUAUGGGCUAUGUUUGUGACUGUCUCUUUUCGUUUUAUUUGACUUAAAUUUCAACAUUAAUAUAAAACCAAAUGCAGUGGGGUGUAUUUAGAGUGUUUUUUUGCCAGUAUAUUCACUAUACAUAUUACAUUAUGACAGAAUUGGUUAAAUUUAAAACAUGAGUUGUGAGAUACGGUUUCUUUACAAUGUUCGCACAUCCUAGGAAAGUUAUUCAUAGUAUUUAUUCAUGAUUGAUAGUUUAUCUAGUAUUUGCUCAUUGCUUGAAAGUUGAAAUUAGUCAGAAAUGUUGGUUUAAAAAGUAUAGUUAAAAUAUUAAUUGAUGUAUUUUCUACAUGAGAAAGCCAGUGACCUUAUUUAUCUUAACAAUAAAUGAUAAAUUGUAGAUUUUUUUUUUAGCAUUGUAUUUAUGUGCUUACGUGGCUCUUGCUGCUUUGCUGGAAUUUGCAGUAGAUCCACAGGAUGAGGCUGACAGGAAAGAGGGGCGUCUGGCUGUAAUAGCAGAUCACCUUGGUUUCAGCUGGUCAGAAUUGGCUCGAGAGCUUGAAUUCAGUGAGGUACAGAUCAAUCAGAUAAGAAAUGAGAAUCCAAAUUCUCUACAAGACCAAAGCCAUGCCCUCAUAAGGCUAUGGAAAGAAAGGGAGGGCAAAAAUGCUACAGCAGAGACAACUUUGAUGAAGACACUUACAAAAAUAAAUCGUAUGGACAUUGUUCAUCUCAUCGAAACAAAAAUCAUCCAGUCCAAUCAAGACCAGACAUCACACACCUAUGCAGAAAUUGAGCAAACCAUAUCAUUGGAUCAUAGUGAA